AAAAGUCAGUCUCCGAUCAGAAUAAAAUUCCAAUCCACUCCUCUUCAGCACAAAGCACCGCCAAACAAGUAACAACCACCUUCGCAUCCACACAAUCAGUAACUAGUUCCAACCACCACACCUUACUCUAUACACACACACACACACUUAUUUUUUUUUCCAUCGAGCUUCUAUCUCUCACUCGCUGCUAGUAUAUAAACCAUUAACCGCUCAGAUCUCACUCGCUCUCCAGUGAACAACCAUGAGAGUGGCGUUGAGCUAGAUUAUGCAGCCGAAUCUUUUCCCCUUUGCAAGCGUUCUCGGGAAUCCGUUCACACUCAAUACCAGCAGCUUUAACACUGAUAAUGGCGAAGUAAGCGAGGGGAUCGAUAGCUCUAGGGUUUUCUUCUUGCUCCCUUUCUUCUUGCUCUCUCAGGGAGGAGGAGCUAUGGAUCUCUCUAAAGUCGGCGAAAAGAUCUUGAGUUCCGUUAGGUCCGCUAGGUCUCUCGGCUUGAUCCCUUCCGUCUCCGAUCGCCCCGAGGUUCCAGCUCGAGCUGCUGCUGCAGCUGCUGUAGCUCGUGCUCUUGCAGGAUUACCUCCUCAUCAGAGGUAUUGUCUUUCAUCAAGUUCAGAAGAACUGAGUUCAAUAUAUGGUAGCAGACCAAAUAGCCAAGUGGUGGAGGAACUAGAGGAUGAAUUUUAUGAGGAGGAUUUUGACCCAAUUAAGCAUGUUCUAGAGCACACUCCAGCUGAAGAUGAUGAGCUUACAUAUUUAGAAAAACAGGCUGCCCUUAGAUUAGCACAACUGGACAGAGUAGCAGAACGAUUAUCUCGGCAUGUUAUGCAGCAUCAUGAAGUAAUGGUGAAGGGGAUGGAUUUGGUCAGAGAAUUAGAAAAAGACUUGAGAAUUGCAAAUGUCAUAUGCAUGAAUGGAAGAAGACAUUUGACCUCAUCUAUGAAUGAGGUUUCAAGGGAUCUCAUUGUGAAUUCACAUUCAAAAAAGAAACAAGCACUUCUGGACGUUCUUCCAAUCUUGAGUGAGCUUCAACGUGCGUUGGACAUGCAAGCGACACUUGAAUCUCUUGCGGAAGAAGGAAAUUACUGCAAAGCAUUUCAAGUCCUCUCUGAGUAUUUGCAACUCUUGGAUAGUUUGUCAGAGCUUUCAGUAAUACAAGAGAUGAGCCGGGGUGUGGAGGUUUGGCUGGGAAAAACUUUACAGAUGCUGGAUGCUCUCUUAUUGGGGGUAUGUCAGCAAUUCAAGGAAAAUGGCUAUAUAACAGUAAUAGAUGCAUAUGCAUUGAUAGGGGAUACUGCUGGUCUUGCUGAAAAGAUACAGAGUUUCUUCAUGCAAGAAGUUAUAUCAGAAACACACACUGUAUUGAAGGCUAUUGUGCUCGAGGAUGAGGAGGAUGCUUCCCAAAAUAGUAGGCUCACUUACAGCGACCUAUGCCUUCAAAUACCUGAGUCUAAAUUUAGGCAAUGCUUGUUAAGAACAUUGGCUGUACUAUUUGACAUUAUGCGUUCAUACCAUGAAAUUAUGGAUUUUCAGCUGGAGAGAAAGGAGUCAGCAACACAAACUUCAACUAUGGCCCAGGAAGUUGAUUCAGAUGAAAGAAGCCGCAGCAAUUGUAGGGAGGAACCUGCAACAAACAGUGAAGCUACUGGACCAUCAUACAUUGAUUCUCAUGAUCCCAUAAAUGAGGCUAGUAAGGAGGAUAUUGUGGCAUCAAGCAGUGAAUCCCCAUGGUACCAUCUUCGCAAAGAAGCUACAGCAUUUGUUUCACAAACCCUUCAAAGAGGUCGCAAGAAUUUGUGGCAUCUCACUGCAAGUCGUAUGUCAGUCUUACUUUCUUCUCCUGCAGCAUGUUCUGCAAGUAUUCACCAAUUCUUGAGAAAUUAUGAAGAUCUAAGUGUUUUCAUUUUGGCUGGGGAAGCCUUUUGUGGAGUUGAAGCAGUUGAGUUCAGGCAGAAGUUGAAGGUCGUUUGUGAAAACUAUUUCAAUGCUUUUCAUCGACAAAAUGUGCAUGCACUAAAAAUGGUUUUAGAUAAAGAGACUUGGCUAAAAUUACCCCCAGAUACAGUGCAACUAGUCAGCUUUGCUGGACUUACUGGUGAUGGUGCACCGCUAAUUUCUUUAUCUGGUGGUAAAUCACUUAAUUCCGGUGCAAUCCAGUCUGACAAAUCAAUGAACAUGGUUCACACCAGUGCUAGAAGGAGUGGGUUCUCUAAUUGGGUUAAAGGUGGAAACCCUUUUUUGCAUAAGUUAUCAGCCUCUAGAGAAGGUCAUGGUUAUUCCCAAUCUAAUGGAUCAAUACAUAGUGAACUUGAGGGAGGUUCAAAUAACAACUUUAACGGUGAUAAAGAGUCACCUGGAAAGAAUGAUUCCAACAAGAUGAAUGGUGGCAAUUCUGUUUCAGAAGAUGAAAAUGAGGAUCUUCUUGCUGACUUUAUUGAUGAAGACAGUCAAUUGCCAAGUCGUCGUUCUAAACCCCAUCGAAGAGUUCCCUCUUCUCAUGGUAAUGAUGAAGAUAAUACUACACAAACUGGAUCUUCUUUGUGUCUUUUAAGGUCUAUGGAUAAAUAUGCAAGGCUUAUGCAGAAGUUAGAAGUAAUAAAUGUUGAGUUCUUUAAGGGAAUGUGCCAAUUGUUUGAAAUUUUUUUCUAUUUUAUAUAUGAAAUAUUUGGUCAGCAAAACACUAAUUCAAGUGGAAAAAGCUCAAGCAACUCUCUCAACUAUCGGUUGAAGACAGCCUUAUCAAGAAUAAGCCAAGAUUGUGAUGAGUGGAUUAAGACCCACUCAUCUUCACCAUCAUAUCUUGUACAUGCAGAGUUGAAGCCUACGAGCCCUCCCAACACAAAUUUCAGUCACUCUUCAGCAACUUCUUUUGGUCUCCAGGAAAGAUGUGUAGCUGUUGACACUAUCUCUGUUGUUGCUCAAAUAUUGAAUAGAUCCAAAGCUCAUCUCCAAUCAAUGCUAUUGCGAAGUAAUUCAACUGUACUUGAAGAUUUCUUUGUGCAUCUGGUGGAUGCUGUACCUGAUCUUGUAGAGCAUGUUAAUCGGACAACAGUUAGAUUAUUGCUGCACAUUAAUGGGUAUGUCGAGCGCAUUGCCAAUGCUAAAUGGGAGGUAAAAGAGCUUGGGAUGGAGCAUAAUGGGUAUGUUGAUUUGUUGCUGGGUGAAUUUAAGCAUUUUAAAACACGACUUGCUCAUGGAGGACUUCGGAAAGAGAUUCAAGACCUAUUAUUGGAUUAUGGGCUCGAAAUCGUAGCAGAAACUCUUGUUGAAGGACUUUCACGGGUGAAGAGAUGUAGUGACGAAGGAAGAGCUCUAAUGUCGUUGGAUCUGCAGGUUUUGAUCAAUGGCUUACAGCAUUUUGUGUCGUUUAAUGUGAAGCCCAAGUUACAAAUGGUUGAAACUUUCAUUAAGGCUUAUUACCUACCAGAGACAGAAUAUGUACAUUGGGCACGUGCACAUCCAGAAUACACUAAAAGCCAGAUUGUUGGGUUGAUCAACCUUGUUGCCACUAUGAAAGGUUGGAAGAGGAAAACGAGGUUGGAAGUACUAGAAAAGAUUGAAUGAGAGUUGCCGUCUUAGUUGCUUCUUGUUGCGUAUGAGGUCAGGCAUACAGAAUCUAUUGCUUCUUCCGUUUCGCCCACACCUUCCAUUUUUGGCAGAGCUCUUUGUAAAGGUAUUGUAUAUCAAUCGCACGAUACUUUGUCCCCUAUUAAUUAUUAAGUGUCUUUCCCAAAUCUGUGCUUAUUCUGGUUUGCUGUAGAUAGUCCUUUGAAAAUUAACAUGUAAUUGUACAAUAAUGUUAAUCACAUAAAAGUCUCGUAUAAUUCUUCUU